AUGCAAUUUAAGAAUAAUUUCAAAAAUUUGGAGGAUACCGAUGAUGAUAUUUAUGACAGUGAGGAUGAAGAAUAUCCAGUAAAUUUUGGAAAUUAUGGUCUUGAUUCAUGGCAUCUUUAUAAUCAAAAAACCAAAGAAAUUGUCCAUUCAGCUAUGAAAAAAAAAGCAUCAGAAAUAGACCAUGCAUUCUCUUUAAUUGGGAAUCGUACACAUUGUUUGGAAGAUUGCUCAAAAUAUGAUAUAUCAUUGGAAAAACAUUUAGAAAAAAUAACAAUGAAACAUAAAGAAAUGGAUUUUAAAGAGAGUAUAUUAUUUGAACAUAGAAAUAAAGAGAUUGUGGAGAACAUAGAGAAAGCAAUAAAGAGAGCAGAUGAAGAAGAGAAGGAGAUUGAACGGAAAAAUAUUGAAAUCAAGCAACAAGAGAUGAUUUAUCAAAAGAAACUUGAAGAAAAAAAUACAAAAAUACUAGAAAAAAAGGAUAAUGACGAAAAUAAAGUGGAUUCACUGGAAACAAUUAAUGUUUUACAACCGAUAGCUGAAGAAAAGAAAACUCCAGAAUUGAAAAAGGAAUAUGUAUAUAAUGCAAUGGAUCGUGUAUUAAUGUAUAAAAAGAGGAUAGAAGAUAUUAAAUUGAAUGUUCUUAAACCAGUUUCAGAGAAUGCGACAUGGAGAGCAUUCUGUUUUCAAAACAAGCGUAAAAUUACUCCAAAAUGUGGUCAAUUAACAAAUUCAAAACAACAAAUAACACGCAUUACAAGAGAUUUGGAAGAAAUUAUCAAAACAUCUAAAGAAGUGGCUAUAACAGUAUAUCAUUGGAUAUUGAAUUUUUUAUCAAAAGCAAUUAUAAAGCAAGCAGAAACGGAAGUUACUGUUAAUUUAUAUUCAGCAUAUCCUUUAGCUACUGUUUGUGUUUUUUUGAUGUCUACUCAUCCUGAUUUGGUUGAUAUACUUUUGGCACGUUUUGCUAAAAAAUGUCCUUAUACAAUACCAUAUUUCAAUUAUAAUAAGAAUACAGAAGAAGGAAGAAAAGCAUUAGGGUUUUAUCGUUCAAAGAAUGGAAAGUUUGAAGAAGAAGCAUCUUAUACAGAAAGACAGUGUGGAAUUUUUGCAGUUUUUUCGGCAAUUAUGCAAACUCAAUAUAUUCCUAAUCAUCUACCCAUACGUUUUGGAUGGACUCUUCUUGCUAAAAUUCUAAAUGAAUCUCCUUCCUCUGAAACGGUUUUUGCAAUCAUUAGCACAUUUAUAGAUAUUGCAGGAAAUGCUUUUAUGAAGCAUUAUGGAUUACAAGCAGACAAGCUAAUUCGACUUGCAGUAAAUGAAUGGGCUGGAAAUAAUAAAGGAAGUAAUGCAACUAGACUAAGAGUUUUGGGAGAAGAAUGGAUAACUAAUAAAAAAAUUGGGUUAAAAAAUGGAGGACAAUUUGAAGAAUAA